AUGACUUUAUCUCGGGCGUUGCAAGACUUUCAGAUCGAAGAGUUUUUGGAAGAAGAGUCGGAAAUUUUCGAUGCCUGUAGUGAAGAAGAGGAUAACUUGAGUGUAGAUGACGUGCAAAGUGACUACGAGCAUGAUUUGAUAAAUGACUUUAUUUUAGAAGAGGUUGCAGAGGGAAGCGAAAAUUCUCUUACAACACCUCAUCGUCCUCCAACUUCGACGUCAGAUCGAAUAAUCGUAUUACCUCAAAGAUCUAUAAAGGAAAUAAGAAACAGAAGCAAAUGGACUUCCUCUUGGAGAGUACUUUAUGAAGGAGUUAUCUAA